AUGAGGAAACGAUCCUCUUCCAAGAGUACGAGUAACUACCAGCCUAUCAGGAGGGAUCCACCAGAGCUUACGACAAAACUACAUGUUGUUAAGUUAGUACCUCUGAAUAAAUCCUUUGAAUUGGUCAAGGUACUAGUGGUUCCUGACUAUCCUAAAGAGCUCGAGCUAGGAAGACAGGCUGGAAGUCGAGCAGGUACAAGUUUGACCAAUGCUUAUUUUGCCUCCCGGACUCUUUCCAGAAGCCAUGCCAGCUUGUUUGUGAAAGAGGGUAAGCUAUACGUGAGGGACCUGAAGUCAUCUAAUGGAACAUUCAUCAACGAUGUCAGAUUGGAACACAAGAAAGAGUACUUGUUGAACGUAGGGGAUGAAUUGACCCUAGGUUCCACUUUAGAGAGUCAGCCACUGCAUAAAAAGAUUCAGGUCAAGGUGGAGAAAUUUCUUACCAUGAAUCUGCAAGAGUACGAAGACCUCGUACAGGGAUUAGUGAUAGAUAAUGAUGAACGGAAAGCUGAAUUGUUUAAUGAUACGUUAGAUGCGUUAUUAUUCAGUGAUGCUCUUGACUCAGAGGACAAAAUUCUUGAUGCUCUUGUAGCUGGUGACCCAAAUUUAGACUCUUUGGAGGUGGAACCUACCGUACCUACUCCUGGGGUGUCUCCAUCCCCCAACUUGAAAGGAAUAACUCGGUUAGAGGAUGUCACGAGGCGAUUGAUUAUCUCUAUCAAUAAUGAAAACAUACAGCAUCAAAAGUUGUUGGCUAUGGGCCACUUUCUUGAUGAAUAUUUGAAUCACGAAUUUUCGAAUGGAAAGUCAAGUUCAAAGGAAACUAAACAAUCUGGUGUGUCCCAGGAGGAUCAUGAUAGAUUGUUUAAAGAGAUGGAAAAACUUGCAUUGGAGAAUGAAUUACUGAAAAGCCAAAUUACUUCAAAGGACGAGGAAGAGGAUUACGAUAUAUCUUCUGAAGAGGAGAUGGAUGAUCGUAGGCGAUUGGAAAAAGAGAUAGUCGAAAGCAUCAAUAGUAUAACAAAUUCAAAACAGAACGGAAAGGUUGCCACAGCAUUGACGAAUCUUUUAGAAGACGUUAAGGGUGAAAAUGUCAAGGAUGAUGCAGUCGUUUUAGCGGCAAAUGAAUCUGCUUCUGAAAGAAUACAUGAUGAAGUUGAAGAUUCACGUCAUUCACAGCAUGAACCCUACAAAGAUUGCAGCAUUCAAACCGAUAGUUUCAACACAGUUACACCAAAGGAUACAGUUAAAAACGGUAAUCGUAACUAUUUAACAAUUCCUAUACUUAUUGCCGUGAUAAUUCUACUUCUGGCUUACAAUUUAAGAAAUAAUUCAUCUUUAUGA